UAUCCUUAUUCCAUAAACUUUGUUUCAGCCGCGCCCAUACCUUUUCCCGCGUGUCGCGCUGAUAACAUUGACUGCCUGCGGCGCGGGCUGCGGACGUUUUUCAUCCUCAUGGACAUGGGUCUGGCCGGCAUGAAGGCCGUUGACCCCACGAUUGUGGAUAGUGUGGCGAUUGCGUCACCGGAGGAGCAGAUGUCGGUUCUGCUGAGGAGGGCGAACGUCACUGGCGCGAGAUGGACGAAACUGGGGGAUAGGAGAUUCAACCUCGACGGUGGCAAAAGUGGAACGGUAUUCAUAAGCGAUCUCCACGUCUCCGGCGACAUAAGCCUGACCAUGGGCACAAGGGUCGAUCCCUUCAGCGCACACAUAACUAUGGAUAUCAUGGAAGUGCAGAGCAACAUAACUUAUCCCUGGAGCGGUGAGAAGGGCAUCGACAAUGAGGACUACAUCCUGAUAGGACCUGAGCGAAUUGCUAUCAGAAACACGAGAACACCGACAUUCUUCUUACAACCAAAUGAUGAAGACACAGCAGUUAUCAAUGAACUCCUACUAGCCAGGCCAGCCAUUUUAGAUCAUUUAUCAAAUGAAAUCACAGCAGCACUGAUGCAUACUGUUGUGGACAAUUUUAGACUUUUUGCGAGCAAAGUUCCAGUAAAAUAUUAUUAUGAAUACUACUAAAAA